AUGAGUUCUUCGUAUUAUGUGAACGCGCUUUUUAGCAAAUAUACGGCGGGGGCUUCUCUGUUCCAAAAUGCCGAGCCGACUUCUUGCUCCUUUGCGCCCAACUCGCAGAGAAGCGGCUACGGGGCCGGCGCCUUCGCUUCGACCCUGGAGAAGGAGUUCCACUUCAACCGCUACCUGACGCGGCGCCGCCGCAUCGAGAUCGCCCAUGCGCUCUGCCUCACCGAGCGCCAGAUCAAGAUCUGGUUCCAGAACCGCCGCAUGAAGUGGAAGAAAGAGCAUAAAGAUGAGGGUCCGGCCGCCGCAGCCCCCGAGGGCGCAGUGCCCGCCGCCGCCGCCGCCGCCGCCACCGCCGCCGCCACGGACAAGGCCGACGAUGAGGACGAAGACGACGAAGAGGAAGACGACGAGGAAGAGGAAUGA